GGGGUGGGGGGGGUGGGAGCCCCGAUCCGAGACGUUCCGGGGAGGCGGAGGAAGGAGCACAGGCCCCAGGCGGGCGGGAGGGAGGAAAGAGGCGAGAGGAGGAGUUUUCCAGGCUGGCCUUCGUCGGGCCGCAGCGCAGCCCCUGGGUCUCCUUGGUCUCCUCCCGCCCCCUGGAAGCGCGCUGCGCUGCGGAGCCCAGCGUCGCGCCGGCUCGCCAUGGGGAGCCAGCUACUCCGGCCCGCGCUGCUGUUGUCGCCCGCGCUGCUGCUGCUGCUGCGCGUCCCGCCGAGCCGUGGCUUCCCAGGAUCGGGAGACUCACCGCUAGAAGAUGAUGAAGUCGGGUUUUCACACAGUAGCUAUACAGACACCCCGUGGUGCUCCCCCAUCAAGGUGAAGUUUGGGGAUGUGUACUGCAGGGCCCCUCAAGGAGGAUACUACAAAACAGCUCUGGGAGCCAGGUGUGACAUUCGCUGCAGGAAGGGCUAUGAGCUUCAAGGCUCUUCCCAGCUGAUCUGCCAGUCAAACAAGCGCUGGUCGGACAAGGUCAUCUGCAAACAAAAGCGAUGUCCUACCCUUGCCAUGCCAAUAAAUGGAGGGUUUAAGUGCGUAGAUGGUGCUUACUUUAACUCCAGAUGUGAGUAUUAUUGCUCACCAGGGUACACAUUGAAAGGGGAGCGCACAGUCACAUGUAUGGACAACAAGGCUUGGAGCGGCAGACCAGCCUCCUGUGUGG